CAGAGAUAGGACGGGGAUUGCUGAAAACGCCAAUGGAAACCUUGCUAGUUAACAUUCAUAUCAAGUGAGACUAUUGUGUUUUGCAAUAUUACAGGUGACUCCGCAAUGGCCGUGAACGGGAUUAGAGGAAACGGUCAGACUCAACCGAACGCUCGAAGAACAACCGUCCGACCACGAGUGACUUUCAAAAAGAAUUGUAAAGGUGACUUCAUAACUAUCAAUGUAAGCGGUCGGAUAUUUGAAGCAGACAAUUCUAUCUUCAAACAGCAUCCAGGUAAAACACAGAUUUCAGUUACUGAGAAAAAACGCUUAGUCGAACCGAUUUACUUCUGUAACUUUCGAUAUGUUUCGUAGGAAGAAAGAAGAAAAAAACAGUCCUUCUUUUUAUAAUCGUACAUUGUUUUACUUAUUCAUGUACUGGGGUAUUUUUUAAGUAUUUCCAAAACAUCUACGAAAAUUUACCACAAAAAUAUAAACAAAAAUGACUAAAUAAAAACCCGGCAAUGACGUAUUUCGGCACGAAAGUACACAAUAUUUCGCCUUGGCAAGAAAUAAUUGACCGAUCGUUUUAUAAAUGCAUAUGAAAGAUAAAACAAGUGAUUUGCUUCUUGACAACAAAAUUAUGCUACCGAGCUCAACGUUAUGAUCCUCUGUUGAUAACCGAUGAGGCUUCAUAAAUUUAAUAGAUCAGUAGGUGACAACAAAUUCAGUGUAAGAUGUUUUGUAGUCAAUACCAUAUUUCUUUUCUUGAUUCAAAUAUCAUCAUAACAUUAGUAUGUUUUUUUGAGUUUUACAAAGAAAAUGGGGCGCACUUUAUUUAAGCUUUAUAAUGAGAGCUCAUAAAAUGUUUUUUUUGUAAUUCCAAUGUCUGACUAAAUUUUCCAUAAGGAUCAAAUAAGAAUGAAAUUAGCGGCGUUUUCAAUACUAGGCCACCCAAAGGUUGUACUCGUGAAAAAAGAACCCUUCAAUGGCACUUUAAUGGAACUUUACCAAAUGGUUGUUUAUCUUCCAAGAUUUUGAGUUCUAGUAUCCUGAAAUCGUAUCAUAUUCAUGCGAUAAAUUUACUGUUUCUUGUAAAGUCGGAGCGAUUUAUGCAGGAUAAAGGUUAUUACUCAACGGCUCAAAAUAAUGAUAGGUCAUUGUGCUCGUUCUCGACGGAAGGAUUACUCAUCUAUCUGGUGUGUUCCGUCUGCUACGGCGUCUCAAAAUGAGGCGCAACUGAUUCAUCGAUGUGCUUGCGCAGCUAGCAGUGGACAUGCGGCGUGAAGUAAUAUUUAAGAACUGAUAUAUCGACAUAAUUAGUGGGACUUGAAAAGUGAUAAAGACUUAAGGAACAAUGUUUCACUCAGUAGUUGACUGUUAAUAACCGUUAAUGAUGCAAUGCUGGCUUACCUUCCGAACGGGCAUCCUGGCGCUGAAGGAAACCAUUUCACAAGCCUUAAUAAGCCAUAACAACGAGAAAUUACUGAAAAGGUCUUCAGGCUGUAAUUUGAAUAUCCUUUAGGAGACAAUGCGUCGGUACUAUUUUUCUCGCCGCAUAAAAUAAAGAAGUAAGCACAUAAAAAUAAAAAUAUCUCAGGCUGAGGCAACAGUUACAUCGAUCGGAAAACGUCUCAGAUCAUGACACUCGUGUCAAUAAUUUUCAACAUUUUUUAGAAUGACAACAAUAAUUUCAGGUGUGUUCAAGAUGGUGAUUCGUUGCUAACGGACAUGUCUGGAACACCAAACACUGAAAAUUGUUUCAUUUUUUUAUUCAUUACCAUUUAACUUUUUACGAUUUGAUCGGUUUUUUUCAAGACGGGAUUGACCUGCCUAUUUUCUCCGCAUCUUAACACUCGCGCACGCUCCUCUGUUGGAUUGAUGGUGGAAAUGUGACGCAAGAAAGUCUCAGAAUUAUGACAAAGCGUCAGCAUCGUCGAAACUUUUUCGAACGCCGAACGCAAAAUAAUCGUAAUUUUUUCAUCAUCUGCAUGAAAUUUUUUGGAUUUAACCGCUUCCUUUAUUCAGGGAAUAAGGCUCCCUAAUUUCUAAGUAUCUCAACAUUUCUACCCGUUCUUCUGUGAGACAGAUGGUGGAGCAGUUACGCAAGUGAGUCUCUAACCAAUUCAUCAGCUAUUCAAUGAAUAAAAGAACCCAAAUUGGAUCUCGUCCAGAUGAUUCAAAAUUUAUUUUUAUGUUGAAGUAGAGGUACCGUUGCGUGUUAAAACUGACACAUUUCGUGCUGUGCAGCUCUCCCGUUCAAUUACUUAUUGAUGUUGGUCACCAAACGUUAUAAACAGGAAAGCCACUGAAUCAUGAAGUAGCUUUAUACGUUAAUCAUUCAGCAGUGACUGGUUGCAAACCAUUAAAACACUGCAUCUUUUAGACACCCCUUCGGUUAUAGCGCUUUUUGUGAAUCCGAAUCUAAACUUAUGGGCUCGUUAUAUGACAAAACUUGCCACAAUUCGACCUCUUAAAGCAGAAUAAGAGAAGUGGAUCCCAACAACGCCGUGCAACAUCACAAGGAGGCGAUGAAAAUGAGGAGUUUGGUAAAGGCUAAAUGACAUUAACGCCACCUGCAACUCAUUUGCAUACUCCCCUAUUAAGCUCAAUGAAUUCAAAGAUUGAAAACAGGAAGACUGUACUUGAGGAUUAAUUUCAGAGUUACUCUGACUCUUUGAUUGAGCCUCUUAUCUUAAUGCGAUUUUCUGAGGCAAUUUUUCGAGAGGAAUUUUGGGGAAAAAUAAUAAAGAAUAUGCAAAAAAAGACGCAUUAUAGUUGAGUCUAUCUAUUUAGAGUACAUUGAGCCAUCAUUGCAGUGGUUUACUUCUCGUCAUCAGUAGGGAUUGGCUGAUUGGACGUAAACCUCUCUCCCCACCCCGAGACUCUUUGAGCCUGAUUCCAAGUAAGAAUGUCUUUUACUUUUGUAAAACGAUUGAAAAGAAUGUCUCUCAACUGUCUUUAUUUCAGACACUCUUCUUGGAAGCACAAGACGCGAUAUGUUUUUUGACAGGAGUAAGAAUGAAUACUUUUUCGAUAGAGACCCUGAUCUGUUCUCUUACAUCAUCCAGUUUUACCGUAAAGGAACUCUUCACUAUCCUGAAGACGAAUGCGCCUGCUGCUUUGCCGGAGAACUCGACUUCUUUGGAAUUGUUAGAAAUCACUUAAGCGACUGCUGCUAUGAAGUGUUCCAAGAAAAACAUGAAGAGUUCAUAGACUAUCAAAAGCGUCAUGCAAAACCAGAAGAAGAGGAGUUCGUUCCCACUACGAUAAGGCAAAAAAUGUGGCAGUUAUUUGAAGAUCCAGCUCAAAAUGUCUUUGGACUAUUAAUACAUUAUGUCUCCGCAAUUUUGAUCGUUGUAAGUGUUGCUGCAUCAACUGUCGAGACUCUACCUUGUGGGGAAAUCCCCUGUGGUGACAAAUACUCUGAACAAUUUUACAUUGUGGAGUCUAUGUGCGUCAUAGCAUUCACUGUGGAGUACUUGGCCAGAUUGUUUGCUGCACCUGUCAGACUUCAGUUUAUGAAACAAUUCUUAAGCAUUAUUGACGUCGUGGCAAUCAUACCUUAUUAUGUAGCACUGAUUUUUCCCGAGGCAGUGGGAGGCCCAUUCACUGUUCUUCGUGUUUUCAGAAUCUUUCGCAUCGUUAAAAUGUCUCGCCAUAACACGAAGGUCCGGGAGGCUGGCUCGUCACUGUUAGCCAGUCUUUCUGAACUCAGUUUUGUGUUUGUUGUACUCAUUACUCUCGUCAUAUUAUUUUCAACCAUUAUAUAUUAUGCUGAGAUGGGAGACAAAAAUACAAACUUCGUCAGCAUUCCAGCUACGUUUUGGUAUACUAUCGUUACCAUGACGACGCUAGGGUAAGUCUUUCUCCGUUGCUAACCCAAUAGUAAUAGAGAGUUUAAGGUGGGGAUGGUGACUACAGAAAUGGCCAAAAUGAACUCGCCUAGCAAUAAAAUAGUAGAAAAAUUAUAUUACCUACAAUCUGAUUGCAAUCAUAAUUGUCUUGAACAUGACAAAGUCCCUUAACAGUAUAAGAAAUAUGGUAAAUUUUGAGCUCGUUGGUGAAGUAAAAAAUGUAUUAUACAUUUUUGAAAAGGGUGUGGGACAAAAAAAAAAAGUGCACGCGAUGAACCAUACCCAAUGAUUUGUUACAGAGCUAAAAAGAAUUCUUGGAUCAGCUAGACCACAUAUUGUGUUCAUGUGUUACAUGGGACCUGCAUAAUGCUUGCUUGUAUCAGUGAUUUCGAAAGUUUCAUGUGAGUAAAUAAGAUAAGAAAGGUGAAAAAUUUUUUAGCUCUGUUUUGUCACGAGCGCGGCACAAACAAAAACAUUGGGUCCUACAUAAGGAAUUGAGUCCCAAUUUAGACCAAUAGAUUCCGCCCUUCUUUUCUCCACUAAUGAGCAACAGGGAAUCCAGUCACAAGUGUGAUUUCAGACCAAAAUUGCAUGACACAAAAUUCAAUCACCACUUUAUUACAUCCACUUUGCAAUCACAAAAUUCAGUUACUCAACUACGGGAUCUUUUAGUCUGUAAAAAUGUUUUAUUAAUCCAGUACUAAGCUGGUGUGUAACAAGUUGCAAAGUUGUCUUCCAUUUUCCUGCCAUUUGGUCAGUUACUUCAAACAAGCCUUGAAAUAUGUUUGGUUGUAAUGUUUUAGUAAAGCUUUCUCAUUGGCCAGGAAAGAGGUGUGAUUUAGAGCAAUGUAAUUCAUAUGUAAAUCGCACAAGUGAGAACCAAUCAGAUUGCAGGGAUCACUGAGGAUUCUUUAAUGUUUUGUCAUUCUCACUUGUCCAAUCAUAUUACACUUUAUAGAUAUGGUGAUAUGACCCCAUUGAGUAUAUUUGGACGCAUAACAGGUGUCAUUUGUUCUUUGAGUGGCAUUAUGGUGGUUGCUUUACCGGCUCCUGUCUUGGAAAAGAACUUUAGUCGGAAGAAGGAGGAAGGAAGACCAGAUCAUGAUACCACAAAUGAAAAAGCCCGUGCGAGAACCAUAAGCCACAGUCACAGCCACAGUCACAAGAAGUCAACUGAAAUCUGAAGCAUGACAUCAAGUAAAGUGUGAGGGGCUGGUCUAUUUCGUAAAUUGUCAAGCUAAUGGAACAAACGAGAUGCAUAGUUAUUGAAUCUUUCAGAAAAUGUUUGGUUGAUAAGCAACUGAUGUGAUUGGCUCAUCAGAGGACAAGACUUAAGACUAAAAGAUCAACCCAAG